CAAAUUGAAACGUCACCUGUCAUUUACCAUUGUCAACCUAAAACUCGAAGAUUUUUUUAAUGUUUAAAAACAUUAAUAAAUCAUUUAUAAAAACGAAUUGAACCGUAAUAAUCACUCACAAUACAUCUUAAUAUAAUUAUUUGUAAAUAAAACGAAUUUAUUAUGGCUUCUAAAGUAACGUUUAAGAUUACAUUAACAUCAGAUCCAAAGUUGCCGUUUAAAGUUUUAAGUGUUCCUGAAGCUACUCCAUUCACGGCAGUUCUAAAGUUUGCUGCUGAAGAAUUUAAAGUUCCCCCAGCCACAUCUGCUAUUAUCACCGACGAUGGUGUUGGGAUAAAUCCCCAACAAACGGCAGGAAAUGUGUUUUUAAAACACGGAUCUGAAUUGCGAUUGAUACCGAGAGAUAGAGUUGGUUAUUAUUAAUUUUUUAUUAAUUCAAAUUUGAUUUUGUAUUAUAUUUUAUUAAAUAAAUGGAUUUAUAAUUUC